CUCUUUCUCUUUUCUUAUUUUGAAAAUAAGAAAAACACUAAUUUAUUCAUACGUCGUGUAACCUCGAUAGCCUCUGAUCAAUCAAAACACUACUAGUAAUGUUUGAAAGGCAAAGCGCAUACGAUAAAAAGAAGGUGAGUAAAGGGAAGCUCAGUGUGCCAGAAAGCAAGACUCCCUUCAUCAUGAUUGGCCUAGUCCACCUGGGAGCAGCAAAUUCAUUCGUCAAGUUUUUUUUGUAUUCACCCCCCCAGCCGUGUUCGGGUGGUUGCCGUGACACCAGCCGUUGUUGGCCCAGCGCAACCGAUGCUUGCCUCUCUCGUAUGCCGUCAACUAAGCUUAACGGAUCUAUCCCUAUAGAUCACUUUUUGAAAGAAGCACUCCAAAUCUUGCGACAUGCCAGUGUGUCAGUAACAGCUCCUGACAAUGCAGACGUUACUGACCACGACAACUAUAGCAAUGACGACGACGACGACUACGACGAUCGACCUAGGAAUAAUAGCGACAAGGAUCAACAAGCUGUCACCUGGAAGCUGAAUUUGUCUCCUACCACAAUGACACUGGACACCAACAUUCAAACGAUCACCGGUUUGGAAAAGGUUCUAGAGCAGCUCAGUCUGAACAUACAACCAAGACCACCACCGUUAAAACAACCUCCCUUGAUUUCGUCUCACGAGUACCAGAUGCCGGAUUACCUGCACUCAAUCGCCACAGCGCUGUAUCUAUCCUCUGUGUUUCCACUACCAAAAGCAGACAUUUUUCGGCAAUUCAACUCGAUGCAAUUGAUGCGUCAGUGCAUCCAAGCAUUUGUCAUGUGUGAUGGUGCGAUCUUCUUUCAUAUUCCUCGCCUCCUGGCCGAAACAGAACUGGUGUUAACGCAUCCUGCAGCAUCCAAGGAACACCCCAUCGAAACCUUAUUGGUGCUCAGUAUAUGCUCUUUGAUGAUUCGGCAUGUUAUGAUGCACAAGCAAGGUCCUCCACAAAUUGCGGCUGGUUUGAUGCACGCAUAUUACGCGCACGCACGUCUCCUGUUGCAAGAUCUAUUUGAUACUUGUCAUAUAUCUGUGGUUCAGGCGUUAUUCAUGCUAUCUGUGUAUCCGCAAGGACAUGUGGAUAUGUUCUCACCUUCAAGGACGCGCUCGCCAUUGUUUUCGGUAGCACUGCGGCUCGCGCUCUCCAUGGAUCUCCAUCGGAUCGAUCUACACAACGAUGACGACGACGACAACAACAACAACAAUACUGACGAAAACGAAAAUACCGCGGGAUCGGAGGAAAAGGAAAAACUACGACGGUUUUCAUGGAUGCUGCUAUGUGCGGAUUACUUUGCAGAUUGGAAUGGCUCGGGGACAGCGGGACGAAUUAAUGUAGCGGAUUGGCACGUCAAUUUUCCACAGCCAUUACCAGAUGAACAACAGGCGGCAAAACGAGUUGAAUAUUUGGCACUCUAUUCACGCGUCGUCAUGAUUCGCAAAAUGCACCUCUUUCGAUCCGCGUAUUCCAUCGUACAUCGAUCACCGAAGGGACGCGAAUCAUCCACGGAUGAAAUGCUCUUUGAAAAGUACAUGAACACACCCGCCCCCUUUCAACUCAAACAAGAUUUGAUGGAUUCUAGUACCAAGACUUGGUCACGAUCCGAUUUGGAGCCAUUGCUUUUGCACACGUUGUACUAUGACACCCUGAUAUCUACCCAUGUACCCUUCCUUCCGAAAAGAUAUCUGCAAACGCUUGAACGCGAAAGAUCAAUACGCGAAUCCCAUGUCAAAGACAUAUUCGAUCGGAUUAGCCAAUCAUCAGCACCAGCAUCACAGCCAUCAUCCUCACGACUACCAGACUAUGCAUCCUUUUCAAAAGGCUCGGAUUUGUACAGUAAUCGAAGAUCCCUGAGUAAUGGCGGUGGUGAUGGCGAUCUAUCAGCAUCAUUGUUAUCAGCCACUGAUGCGGAAUUUCAUACGGUUGUGGGCUGCUUGGAUGCCGCUAGUCACUUGACUCUUGUUCUGGAGCUCUUGCUCGUGGUGGAUCCCAUCGGCUGCUACCACAGUCCGGUGUAUGGCGCAUUGACCACUGCUCACGUGUACCAUAUGCUCGAAACCAACAGCCAAGAUGCAGAUGUAGUCAACGUAUGCCGUAUCAACCUAGUGCGGACGUUCCGAAUCAUCCAGCAGGCGCGUUUGAUUCAUGCGGAUGCAGUAGUGCUAUAUCUACAGCGGAUACUUCCUCAGUGGAUGGCAAUAUCGACGGAUGAACCGACUCUUCGGUUGCAGCAGCAAGCGUGUGGAACCAUGCAAACUCUUCGGGAGAGGGCUAAAUCAAAAGGAGCUUCCAUUCACAAUUCAUCUCCGGCUGAUGACAGUUUGCAGGUUGUAAAGACAGAAUCCACAUGAUGAUGAUGAUGAUGAUGAUGAUUAUGUACAUACCCCACCAUUUACAAUAACAACGUCAAUCCCCUUUCCUUCAUCCUUCUAUAUCCUACCAUGAACAAGCGCACGCACACGUCCUCGAAACGGAGCAAAAAAAGCAAUACACGACAUAUACAUACAACCAAGAGAGCUGCACAUACCCAACCAUGUUGAUUCGUUUUUACUUUUAUAUU